AUGGAGGCUCGCAAGUUGAAGGCGCCCCCGACACGCAACAGUAACUCCCCACCACUCAUAAUAUACCCGCGCUGUCAACGAAUAUUCCGCGCAUGGAUCCGUCUCGUUGGACAUUUCCAGACUCCAUGCACCAGUCUGACGACCCUAACCGCUGUCUAUUCUACCAGCUCUCCUCCAACCCUCACUGCAGCCACUACGACGACCACCCUUACCGCCAAUGCUCAACAUCUCCGUGCCCAGCCGCCUUUAGCCAACGCCACGUCUAUCAUCCCUGUUGCAUCAUCCGCGGCGGCGACGACCACCACAGCUCCUAUACUCACCACCGAGCAAAACACUCCCAACGGUUCGCCGGCCAUCGCAACCCUCUUUUCCUUUCCCAGCUCCAGCGCAGUGGAAUCGGUCCUAA